UGAUCUGUCAGCUCGGAGAGACACAGGAAAAUGGCCGCCGGGCGUGUGGAGGGCGACGCGCUGGAAGCCGCCGUGUCCCCGUUUCCCGGGGUCUAACAGCGCCUGCGGUAAAACGGGCCCUUUCCGGCCGAGCUCCCCUCGGCCGACUGUGAGACGGCAUUGGAAUAAAGAUAACUACAGCUUUCUGCGAAAAUGUCAGUUCUGAUAUCACAGAGUGUAAUAAAUUAUGUAGAAGAAGAAAACAUUCCUGCUCUGAAAGCUCUUCUGGAAAAAUGCAAAGAUGUAGAUGAGAGAAACGAGUGUGGCCAGACCCCGCUGAUGGUGGCUGCGGAGCAGGGCAGUCUGGAGAUAGUGAAGGAGCUAAUUAAGAAUGGAGCUAAUUGCAACCUGGAAGACUUGGAUAACUGGACGGCACUCAUAUCGGCAUCCAAAGAAGGGCACGUGCACGUGGUGGAAGAGCUGCUCAGGUGUGGGGCUAACCUGGAGCACCGCGACAUGGGAGGAUGGACAGCGCUUAUGUGGGCGUGCUACAAGGGCCGCACGGGCGUGGCGGAGCUGCUGCUCUCUCAGGGGGCCAACCCCAGUGUCACCGGCCUGCAGUACAGCGUCUACCCAAUCAUUUGGGCUGCAGGGCGAGGCCACGCAGACAUAGUGCGUCUUCUCCUGCAAAACGGCGCCAAGGUCAACUGCUCCGAUAAGUAUGGGACCACCCCUUUGGUUUGGGCCGCACGGAAGGGCCACCUGGAAUGUGUGAAACACUUACUGGCAUCCGGAGCUGAUGUGGAUCAAGAAGGAGCUAAUUCAAUGACUGCACUUAUUGUGGCUGUAAAAGGAGGCUACACCCAGUCAGUAAAAGAAAUUUUGAAGAGGAAUCCAAACGUGAAUUUAACAGAUAAAGACGGAAACACAGCUUUGAUGAUCGCCUCGAAGGAGGGCCACACCGAGAUCGUGCAGGACCUCCUCGACGCCGGGACUUACGUGAACAUACCCGACCGGAGUGGAGACACGGUGCUGAUCGGUGCUGUCAGAGGCGGUCACGUGGAGAUCGUCCGGGCGCUUCUCCAGAAGUACGCGGACAUAGACAUUCGGGGGCAGGACAAUAAAACCGCUCUGUACUGGGCUGUGGAGAAGGGCAACGCGGCCAUGGUGCGGGACAUCCUGCAGUGCAGCCCGGACACGGAGAUAUGCACGACGGAUGGUGAAACGCCACUGAUAAAGGCCACCAAGAUGAGAAAUAUCGAAGUGGUGGAGCUGCUGCUGGAUAAAGGGGCUAAAGUGUCCGCCGUGGACAAGAAAGGGGACACUCCCUUGCAUAUCGCUAUUCGUGGGAGGAGUCGGAAACUGGCAGAACUCCUUUUAAGAAAUCCCAAGGAUGGAAGGUUGCUUUAUAGGCCCAACAAAGCAGGCGAGACUCCCUACAACAUCGACUGCAGCCAUCAGAAAAGCAUUUUAACGCAAAUAUUUGGAGCCAGGCACUUGUCUCCCACGGAAACGGACGGGGACAUGCUGGGCUACGACCUGUACAGCAGCGCCCUGGCGGACAUCCUCAGCGAGCCCACCAUGCAGCCGCCCAUCUGCGUGGGGCUCUACGCCCAGUGGGGCAGCGGGAAGUCCUUCCUCCUCAAGAAGCUGGAGGAUGAAAUGAAGACGUUCGCAGGGCAGCAGGUCGAGCCCCUCUUCCAGUUCUCGUGGCUGAUCGUGCUGCUGACGCUGCUGCUGUGCGGUGGGCUCGGCCUGCUGUGCGCCUUCGCCGCCGACCCCGCGCUCGGCGUGGCAGUGUCCCUGAGCUGCUUGGCUCUCCUGUACAUCUUCUUUAUUGUCAUUUAUUUCGGUGGACGAAGGGAAGGAGAGAGCUGGAACUGGGCCUGGGUCCUCAGCACCACGUUGGCGCGGCACAUCGGCUACUUGGAGCUCCUCCUGAAGCUGAUGUUUGUGAACCCUCCCGAGUUGCCAGAGCAGACCACAAAGGCUCUGCCCGUGAGGUUCUUGUUCACAGAUUACAGCCGGCUGUCCAGCGUGGGCGGGGAGACGUCCAUGGCCGAGAUGAUCGCCACCCUCUCAGACGCCUGUGAGAGAGAGUUUGGCUUCUUGGCAACCAGGCUCUUUCGAGUGUUCAAGACUGAAGAUUCGCAGGGGAAAAAGAAGUGGAAGAAGACGUGCUGCCUCCCAUCCUUUGUCAUCUUCCUCUUUGUAUUUGGCUGCAUUAUCGCCGGGAUCACUCUGCUGGCGAUAUUCAGAGUCGACCGCAAGCAUCAGACGGUGAACGCCGUGCUCAUAUCUAUUGCAUCUGUGGUGGGCUUGGCCUGCGUGCUGAACUGUCGUACCUGGUGGCAGGUGCUGGACUCGCUCCUGAAUUCUCAGAGGAAGCGCCUGCACAGCGCCGCUUCCAAGCUGCACAAACUGAAAAGUGAAGGAUUCAUGAAAGUCCUGAAGUGCGAGGUGGAAUUGAUGGCCAGGAUGGCGAAGACCAUCGACAGCUUCACUCAGAACCAGACACGGCUGGUGGUCAUCAUUGACGGGCUGGACGCCUGCGAGCAGGACAGAGUGCUCCAGAUGCUGGACACCGUCCGAGUUCUGUUUUCAAAAGGCCCAUUUAUUGCCAUUUUUGCAAGUGACCCACACAUCAUCAUAAAGGCAAUUAACCAGAACCUCAACAGCGUGCUCCGGGACUCCAACAUCAACGGGCACGACUACAUGCGCAACAUCGUCCACCUGCCCGUCUUCCUCAACAGCCGCGGGCUGAGCAACGCGAGAAAGUACCUCGUAACUUCAACCACAAAUGGAGACAUUCCGUGCUCGGAUGCUGCAGGGACACAGGACGACGCUGACAGGCGGGUCUCACAGAAUAGCCUUGGCGAGAUGACGAAGCUCGGUAGCAAGACCGCCCUCAACCGACGGGACACUUAUCGGCGGAGGCAGAUGCAGCGCACCAUCACCCGGCAGAUGUCGUUCGAUCUCACCAAGCUGCUGGUGACGGAGGACUGGUUCAGUGACAUAAGCCCGCAGACCAUGAGAAGGUUACUGAACAUUGUUUCUGUGACAGGGAGGUUGCUGAGAGCCAAUCAGAUCAGUUUCAACUGGGACAGACUUGCUAGUUGGAUCAACCUGACCGAGCAGUGGCCGUACCGAACCUCAUGGCUCAUACUGUACUUGGAAGAGACUGAAGGUGUUCCGGAUCAGAUGACGCUGAAAGCCAUCUACGAAAGAAUAUCAAAGAAUAUUCCAACAACUAAAGAUGUGGAGCCACUGCUUGAAAUCGAUGGCGAUAUCAGAAACUUCGAGGUGUUUCUGUCUUCAAGGACCCCAGUCCUUGUGGCGCGAGAUGUGAAAACGUUUCUGCCGUGCACUGUGAACCUGGACCCCAAGCUACGGGAAAUCAUUGCUGACGUCCGAGCCGCGAGAGACCAGAUGAACAUCGGUGGGCUUGCCUACCCCGCGCUCCCUCUGCACGAAGCGCCCCCCAGACCGCCGUCGGGCUACAGCCAGGCUCCGUCCGUCUGCUCUUCCUCCACGUCCUUCAAUGGGCCGUUCGGAGGCGGGGUGCUCUCCCCGCAGCCGCACAGCAGCUACUACAGCGGCAUGACGGGGCCCCAGCACCCGUUCUACAACAGGCCGUUCUUUGCCCCACACCUUUACACGCCACGGUAUUACCCUGGCGGUUCCCAACACCUCAUCUCACGUCCGUCCGUAAAAUCGAAUUUGCCCAGAGAUCAAAGCAGUGGCCUAGAGGUUAUCCAGGAGGACGCGGCGGAGGGGCCGGCCUCGCCCACAGCCUCCUCGAGGCCGUGUGACUCUGGGUUUAACAAACAGAGACAGGGGCCGGGCCCCGCCUCGGGAAUGGUGUCGCUGAGCUCCAUGACGGUGGACGCCGUGUGCGAGAAGCUGAAGCAGAUAGAGGGGCUGGAGCCGAGCCUGCUGCCGCAGUACUGCGCCACCAUCCGGAAGGCAAACAUAAAUGGCCGUGUGCUAGCUCAGUGUAAUAUUGAUGAACUGAAGAAAGAAAUGAAUAUGAAUUUUGGAGACUGGCAUCUUUUUAGAAGCGCAGUACUAGAAAUGAGAAGCGCGGAGAGCCAGCUGGUCCCUGAAGACCCCCGGCUGCUCACCGAGAGCAGCAGCGGCCCCGUGCCCCCGGGCGACGCUGCCCGCCGGGCCUCGCACAGCGAGCUGCCGCACACCGAGCUGGCCGGCCAGACGCCCUACACGCUCAACUUCAGCUUCGAGGAGCUGAACACGCUCGGCCUGGACGAGGGUGCCCCGCGUCACAGCAACCUCAGCUGGCAGUCACAGACUCGCAGAACCCCAAGUCUUUCGAGUCUCAAUUCCCAGGACUCCAGCAUUGAAAUCUCAAAGCUCACUGACAAGGUGCAGGCUGAGUAUAGAGACGCGUAUAGAGAGUACAUUGCUCAGAUGUCACAGCUAGAGGGGGGCCCGGGCUCCGCGACUGUCAGCGGCAGAUCCUCCCCACACAGCGCCUAUUACCUGGGUCAGAGUUCAUCGGGGGGCUCCGUUCACUCCAACCCGGAGGCAGAGAAGGGGAAGGACGGGGAGCCCAGGCAGGACGACGGGAGGAAGUCGUUCUUACUGAAGAGGGGGGACGUCGUGGAUUACUCCUCGUCGGGGGUCUCCACGAACGACGCCUCGCCCCUGGACCCCAUCACCGAAGAGGAUGAGAAAUCCGACCAGUCAGGCAGUAAGCUCCUCCCGGGCAGGAAGUCCUUGGAAAGGUCAAGCCUCUUCCAGACAGACUUGAAGCUCAAGGGAGGGGGCCUGCGCUACCAGAAACUUCCGAGCGACGAAGACGAGUCUGGGCCCGAGGAGUCCGACCACACCCCGCUGCUCAGAGACGACAAAGGGAAGAGGGCGGAAGGGAAGGCGGAGAGAGUGCCCCGGUCCCCGGAGCGUGGCGCCGAGCCCGCCAGAGCCUUCAUCAAGGCGAAGGACUGCCUGUCCGACGCCCUCCUGGACAAGAAGGACUCCUCUGACUCCGGGGUGAGGUCCAGCGAGAGCUCCCCCAACCACUCGGAAGCCGCCGACGACGCCCAGCUGGAGAAGGCCAACCUCAUCGAGCUUGAGGAGGACGGCCGCAGCGGGCCCCGGGGCGUCCCGCACAGCCUGAGCGGUCUGCCGGACCCCGUCGUGGCGCGCAUGUCCAUCUGCUCGGAGGACAGGAAGAGCCCUUCUGAGUGCAGCCUGCUCGCCAGCAGCCCCGAGGAGAGCUGGCCCUCCUGCCAGAAAGCCUACAACCUGAACCGCACGCCCAGCACCGUGACCCUGAACAACAACAGCGCCCCGGCCAACAGGGCCCUGCAGCACUUCGACGACAGGGAGGGCACCCGGGAGGCCCCCCAGGUCAUCCUGAGGCCUGCUUCCAGCUCGGCGGCCAUUCAGAAUGAAAACCUGAAAAGCAUGGCGCAUAAGCGAGGCCAGCGCUCAAGCUACACGCGGCUCUCGAAGGACUCCUCUGAGCUCCUCGCGGCGGCCUCCUCCGAGAGCACAGGCUUUGGGGAGGAGCGAGAAAGCAUCCUUUAAGGUGGGCACGCCCGGCGGGACAGCAGUGCCGUGCCCGUGACGGAGUCGGCUCCUGUGCUCGUCGUUGCUCUUCGCGUCAUUCGCAAACAAGGAACGGCGAGGCGGCGUGUGGUGACGGACACGCCGCACGGCCGGGAAGUGUCGGAAGGCUGGUGGGCCUGUCCACCGCCACCGGCUUUGUAACUAGAAGCUUAAAAACGCACUGUUACACUUGUCAUUGGAACAGACCCCAUCAAAAUUUUUGAGACAAGAUCUGAGCAUAAAGAUAGGUCAGAUUUUUUAUUAUAUGGAAAGGGUUUAAUUGGCUAAAUAAAGGCAGCUCGAGGCCCUUGUGUAGCACUUUCACUCAUCAAAUGUUUGCGGGAAGGCCCGGUGUUGGGUGAAGCAGAAGCCGGUUUUGCUUGUAAAGGAUAAGAGAUAGGAACUGACAAAAGAUUGAGAACCAGAGUUCCACUAUAUAAAUAGGCAAAUUGCUUAUCAGAGGGUUUUUAAAUUUUGAGUAGAAAGUAGAGGGUAAAGAGGGCUUUAAAAAUGGAUGAGAAAGUGAGUUGAAAGUGCGCAGAGCGGCGCCCGAGGCCCUGAGCUGUCCUGAGCUGCAGGGAGGGAGGCCCACGGGCGGGCCCGUAACCUCCCUGGCCCGGGCACUGCUCGCCAUCCCAGAGCGGCCCCGCCACCGCCGCCUGCCUGGGAGCCUGCCCCAGACUGCACCCGAACCUUCGAACUGGUUCUCAGCGGCCCGGCGGGGAGAGCAGAAACACUGCGUGUCCUUUUCUGGAGGGCCAAGGAGGGCGUGCGCAGCACUGGGCCCGGCUACAUGCCUACGGAGGGAGAGAAUGGGCAGCCAGUGCGAUCCAGAAGGUCAGCGGCAGAUCAAGUGAAUCCAGAGCUUUGCCAGCCGCGCCCAGGGCACUGUGACCAGCCUCGUUUGUCCCCAAGUCAGCAUGUGAAUGCCCGCGGGGGAGCGGGAGAAGGGAAGGAGGAGUUUUUUUUAAGUUUAAAAACAUGUACCAGUGAGGGUAACAGAGUAAAGGCGAUCCCAUAUAAGUUUCCUGUGGACCGGGAACAGACCCCAUUGCUCUCUGCCGUUGUCCUGCCGUUUUAACGUAGCUGAUUCACAUGGAGUCAGUUCUGGCUGCGUGUCGUCAGAUUAUAGAUGGUGCGAUUGUAGAUGUCGAUUCUCUAAAUCUAGUGAUACAUUUGCGAUGUUCUUCACUUCAUGGAUUUUUAUUUAUGUGCUGGAUAAAUUAUUCCUUGACCAGUCAUUGCACUAAUAGUUGCUCCUUGGGGUUUCGUUGCCUUGGUAUUGGGGUGCAACCACCCUCACAAAGCGUUCCUUCAGCAUGACCUUGACAAAUGUCCCAGCCAGUUGAAAAACCACAGGAUGUUAUUGACAUUGUGUAUUGGAACGGUGACACUUUAGUAUUCAUAGUGUUUAUUCAUUUGCAGUGUUGUGUGGUUAGUGAUUAUUUCGGGGCAAUAUUUUGUUUCUUUCUGGGUAGGUAGAUGCACCCUAAUGUCAUUACAGUACAUUUAUACUGUUUGUGAAGUUAACACUAUAAUAUUGUGUACAAAUAGAUUUAGAAAACAAUAAAAA